AUGGCGGCCAAGUUGUGCAGAACACUUCUUAAAACUAACCCUUGCAGGCUUCAGGUUAGGACGCUGUGUGAUGUACAAGGAUACACUCCAAGGCGAUCUUUUCUCUAUAUCCCAGGAAAUGAAGAGCGCAAAGUGACCAAGGCAACUGGUUUAAAAGCGGAUUGUGUUGUUUUGGAUUGCGAAGAUGGAGUCGCUUCAAACAAGAAGGUAACCUGUUUGGGUUGAAUUUGGGAGAAUUUUAUGAAAACUUAAAGCUUGUGAAAUAAAGAGAUUUUGUCUGUUUUUCGGUCUUGUUAAAGGGAAUUCUGGUCCUUAGCUAGAAAAUGCAUUUAUGUUAAUAACAGCUGACGAGUGCAAUGGAUAAAAACCGAUAUCGGAAAACCAAUCGAUCGGAAUACAUCGGUAGUAAACUAACGAUAAUCACUUUUUCAUUGAUAUCGAUUGAGUCAGUCAUCAUUGGAAAUCGAUGGUUACUUUUUUUAUUGCUAUCGAUAUCGUUUUCGAUUUCUCGAUUUCAAUCAAAACACCUCAUCCCUUAAAAAGGUAGUGAAAAUUGGGCUGGUUUGGACGACCUGCAGACAACAAGCAUAUGUUUUCAUUUGCUUUUCCAUUCACUGUGGAUUUACGCUUCAUUGGAUUGUUUUGAAUCAGUUGUUUUUGCGACAUUUAGGCAGCCUGACUGAGGGGUUAGAACACUUAACAUACAAUCCAAAGAUCCUUAUUUCAAGCCCCUCUCCCUCCACCGCCUCCCAUCCACUAGUUGGCCUUGUUGAGGCCAUAUUAGGGUCAAAUUUUGACAAGCGACACGGCCUUGAAACAGCAACAUAAGACUAGAUAAAAUGGUAACAAACAACAUAAAGAUGGGUUAAAUACUGACAGGGGCAUGGCCUACUCUUCAAAACAUGAACCUUUGUCCCUCCCCCUCCCCCAUCCCUCACUCAGAGGGCUUCCUUGUUGACAUAACUAUUUUCUUGUUUAGGAAGAAGCAAGGAGCACUAUUCACAAUCUUCUUGGUCAACUGAACUUUGGCUCUAGUGAAGUGUGUGUCCGUAUCAACUCUAUUGAAACUGGUUUAGCGGAAGAUGAUUUAAGAGCUGCCCUAACAGCGAAGGUUUUGCCUCACUCUAUUGUGGUGCCCAAAGUAGACACUGUGGAACAUUUGGAUUGGGUAAAUUUCUUUUAUAUAGCCUUCCUUAAAAAUUCUUGCAGUUAUCUUUUACGCGCAAGCUUGGAAGCUGAGAUUUUGGGCACCUGUCCUUCAUAAGGCCAUACAUGUAGUGAUACCGUUUUUAACAUGGAGAAAUGAAAGGAUUAAGUGUGUGUGUGUUUUUUUGUCAUGAUUGCAAUUCUAACUUUGGUGCUCGUUUCAAAGUACAGUCAAACCUGUUUAAUACGGACACCAAAGGGACAGAACCAGGUGUCCGAUUUACAGAGAUGUCUGUAUUAUAGAGGUAGGGAAUGUAUGAUUUUUGGCAUUUCUGGGACCAAACGAACUGUCCGUAACAGAGAGGUGUCCGUAUUGUAGAGGUGUCUGUAAGGAGAGGUUAGACUGUACCAUUACUUGUAAUACAACCUUACUGAGUCUCUUGACUGUAGAUCACUCAACUGAGAAUUUUUUCUGGGCUUGUGGGUGAUCAAAUUCUUUUUCUUCUGUAAUUAUGAGGUCAUUUAAAAGACAAUCCAUAGGUUUUUACUAUGUUUAUUUGCCAUCAAAAAAAUUUUACUUUUUCCUGCAAUAAUCAUCAAUUUAAUAUUUUCCAUAAUCAGUUAUCACAUCACUGAAACAUUUUGAUGACUGGCACACCACUACUUUAUGUGUCUUUUCACUAUUCACUACAUGCAAGUUUUAGUGAACAAGGGGAAUAAAACACUCACAAUUCCAUAUUUGAAUGGUAAUUCACCCAACAUGCUUUAUCCUAGAUUGACUUUUUUAUUGCCCCUUUCAGCUAAGUGAUAAAGUUUCAGCUAUCGCAAAAUCCAAGAGCAGUCAGCUUGGCCUAAUCACCCAGAUGGAAAGUGCCAUUAGUCUUUUGAACCUACGAGCUAUCUGUGAGCGUGGCAGAGCUGAAGACAAAGCCUUCAAGUUUGAGGCCUUAGUGUUUGGUUCUGAUGACUUUCUUGUGAGUAUAGGUAGGAUUAUUAGUUCAGGUAGUUAUUAUAAUUUGCAAACAUGUUAACUUUGUUUCAGAUGUUGUCGUUAUGUCAAAAAAGCUAUACAUUUACCCACACCCUAUCCUUCUAUAAACUCCAGAUUAGACUCAUUCUAUCCUUUACAAUGGACCCUUUGAAUUCCAAAAACGCUCACUUUCAAUAUCAAUAAUAUAGAAAAUGGUUGUCUUGCGUUCACUUCCUCCACAUAAAAUAUGGUCAUGUAACAACAGCUAACAUGCCUAGUCUUAUUUUGCUAAUGCAAACUUACUGCGUUUUGCCCUUCUUGUUGCCGUCACCGUUGACUAAACUCAUCUUGGUUACGUGUUGAAGGACUUUUCAUUCUUGACCGUUGCUAGUUUUAGUGACUCAAAAACAGGUCGCUGUGCUUAGACCAAUCAGAUUUACUCUUUAGGGACCUUGGGGAUAAAGUUGUCAAUCGACCUCUCACAACUUCAUCGCUCACUCGGCUGCUUCAUAGCAUAAAAAGCUUGCUCUACUUGCUAUCUGCUGUGAAAGUGAAACUCGUAAUGUCAGCUUGUGGUAAGUCUAAGGCUAGUGGGGCCAAGCAAACAACAGUUACUGAAACAAAUAAUUUGAAUAAGCAUAACAGGGUUAAAAAAUCCAGCUCAAGGCGAACCAGUUGGCUAUAAUUUUACAGGGGUAGUUGAGGAUUUGAACUCAGGAUUAAGUACUGAGAACUAAUCCAGCUAUCAGUUAGGGUGGAACUUGAAUUUGAGGCCUCCAAACUGAAAUUCCAGUACUCUAACCACUUGGCAAUGAGAGUAUUUUUUUUUAUUUUGUUUUAAAAAACUCCAGAAUUGGCCACCUAGUGAUUCUGUAGUUCACACUGAUUGAUUGAUUACCGUGAGUUCUUCUACAUCAAGUGCAAAAAAUUUCUUUUUUUAGGGGCCACCCGAACUGAAGAUGUCAAGGAGUUAAUUCAUGCUCGUCAGAGUGUGGUUGUACAUGCCAAGGCGUAUGGCCUCCAAGCAAUUGACAUGGUGUAUAUCAAUUUCAAAGGUAAUUUGAAAAAUAUGUGCAGUGAAUAAACAUUUGCAGGCACUAGGCAUUAAGGAACAAAAACCAAGCACAGGGUUAUAGCUUUACUAAUUAGUUUCAUUGUAACAAACAUUAAAGGAGCAGUGUAUUGUGGUGACACACUUUUGAAAAAAAUAUCUGACAAUGUAUGUUCCAGAUUUACUUACUGGUUUAUUUAUCAUUUGUUAGCUAAUGUUUAGCAGCUAACAGCAAGAUUGAGUAUUAUUUUGUUUUAGACCCUGAAGGUUUAAGAUCACAGGCAGAAGAAGGAGCAAGGUUUGGAUACACAGGUAUAGUGAGUUCAAACAAGCAGGAUUAUUGACCUACAGUUGUAAGUUGUUCUUUUAGUUUAUAGCCUCUCUUGCAAUAACUGGACAGGUUAACAUGAGGCAUAAUAGAUAAAAGUAGAUGUCCUUUAGCAUUAGAAACUUUUCUGAACAUUUUAGGGUCUUGCCUCUCUAAGAACACUUACAGGCUUAGAAAUUUAUUUUCUUUUAAAACAGUGGCCUAGAAAACAUUGUACAGGUGUAAGAUCGGCUUGGACGUGGCGUAGACAGAUAAUGCAUAAUUAAUGUUAGGUAGAACUAUGGUAUCAAAGAGAAGGUCUAUUUCUGACUGAUUAUACCCCUCCUAGCGCAGCGUUCUAAGGACAUGGAGGGAUUUGUUAGCUUUAAUAAGUUUGUUCUUUACGUGCACUGAAAAUUUGCUGUCGCAUAUGAAGAUUUGCAUAAGAACCUUUUCCACAUUUUAGCAUACAAAUUUCAAAACUCAGAGCACCGAUUUCAAACAAAUCGAAUAUUUCAUUUGAAGCGCUUGAACUUCAUCAAUGAUGUGAAAUGUAAGGUUUUGUAACAGAAAUGUUGUUACGUAUUCCCAGGAGAGGAUUGUAAAUGACCGGGAGUUCCGCACCCUCGUCACCAUUUAGAGGGAAUCGAGUUUUCUGUCUAACUGUCUCUGACAUACUUGAAAUCUAAGACUUGUCUGCAGGGGGUUUCACAUUGUGUCCAACCCAUAUUUCCUGGUCUUUCUCUUUACAGGCAAACAAAUAAUACAUCCUGGACAAAUAGACAUUGUGAACAAGGCAUUUUCUCCAAGUGAAGAAAAAUUCAAAUGGGCAUCAGAUGUUGUGACUGCUUUUGAUGUUCUACAA